UGUUCAAACAUACAUACACAUACAGGGAAAGAGUGUCAGGCUGAAGGCUGAAGCCAUGGCUGCUGCUCGGUGCUCCCCGGUGGCUCUCAUGCUGCUACUGCUGGCCUGCAGCGUCGCCGCGGACGAGGCGCUGACGCACCUCCACUUCUACUUCCACGAGGUCGACGGCGGCGCGCCCAACGCCACCGUCGUCAACGUCGCCAGCCUGCACAGGAACGCGUCGACGUUCGGCGACCUGAACGUGUUCGACAACGCGCUGCGGGAGGGGCCGGACCCGGCGUCGCGGCUCAUCGGCAGGGCGCAGGGGCUCGCCGUGCACGCGUCGCUGGACGAGUCCGGCGGGCUCACGGCCAUCACCUUCGCCUUCUCCGACUACGGGGAGUACAGCGGCAGCACGCUGGCGACGCUGGGGCACCUCACCGCGUCGGGCCCGUCGGAGCGCAGCAUCGUCGGCGGCACCGGCAGGCUCCGGUUCGCGCGCGGGUACAUGACCAGCAGCCUCGUCAGCUCCAAGGGCAGCUCCAUCGUCGUCGUCUUCGACAUGUACUUCACCCUGGCUCACUGAUCUCUCCUUGCACUUGUGAGUUCGACACGAUCGAACAGAAAAUGAGCACCACUUUCAGAUUUAUAUCUUUGUACAACCCUGGUAAUUGUUCGAAUAAAAACACGUCGGCAUUUGUACGGAGCCAUGAUUGAUUUACACGAGGCCGAUGAGUGAGACCACUUCAUCUAAUCUA